AUGGGUCCUCCUCCAAGCCCUGGUGCCCUCGCCGGCGCCUGUAAGAUCUUGCCUUCCUCCAAGCGACCCAUUGGUCAACGAAACAAGCUCAAACGUAGCUUUCCUCUCAUCGUUCCAAUCACCAUCUCACCAACCAAAGACACGCCUACCAGUCCCAUUCCAGACUAUUUCCAACUCGACAAUCUCCCCGACGAGAUGCUGGAAGAAGUCUCAAAGUGUCUCUCUGUCCCCGAACUCAAGUUUCUCCGUCUAACCAGCCGCCAUAUGUACAGAGUCAGUCUUAGGGCAUAUGCACGCAAUGCUUUCGGCGCCAUCUCGACGGACUUCAGUGAAGACUCUCUGGCUCGCAUCCUUUCCAUUCUCAAAGACGAUCUCUUUCGUCCUCAGAUCCGCGAAAUCACAGUUCGGUGGUCCGAGGUUGACCGUACUGGGGACAAGGCUGUUAUCGAGGCCUUCUACGACGCUUUUACUCGCUUUGAGAACUGUAAGAUGUCAGCAGCCUGCCGCUUCUUCCUCCUUCUCCGAUCUCAUUAUUGA